CCUGCCCAAAUACCAGGUGUUAUAGAUAUAUAAGGGAGAAGAAUCCCGCCGGCCCCUCCGGGGACCAACCAGAGGGGUCUGCUGGAGCCUCUCCUUGGCUGUGCCACCAUGCCAGGCAGUGUUCUCUCCCUCCGGAAGCGGAGGCUGCUUGGCACUCUUGGGAGGCUCUGGGGCAGCUGCCCCGUCGCUGUCCGGGGGGGAGGAAGGCAGGGGGACGGCGCCAGGGCCCCCUUUGGCAAAGGUGCCAGCCAGUGGGUGUUUGCACAGGGCAUCCGGAGCUGGGCUGUAGCCCCCCCGUUGGCCAUGGCUGCUAAGGUGGAUUUGACCACGUCCACCGACUGGAGGGAGGCUAAAUCAUUUCUGAAAGGAUUGAACAACAAACAGCGGCGUGAACAUUACUUCACCAGGGAUUUCAUCAAACUGAAGCAGAUACCAACUUGGAAAGAAAUGGCCAAAAGUGCCCGGAUCCACCAGCCCGAAGAAACUAUUUACCCCAAAGAUAAUAAUCUGAAUGGGAAAAUCUCCCUCUUCCGAGGCGAUAUUACGAAGUUGGAGGUUGACGCGAUUGUCAAUGCUGCUAACAGUUCCCUGCUGGGAGGAGGCGGCGUGGACGGAUGCAUCCAUCGCGCCGCAGGGCCUUUGCUGAAAGAGGAAUGCCGGACUCUGAAUGGCUGUGAGACUGGAAAAGCCAAGAUCACCUGUGGGUACCGUCUCCCAGCUAAAUUUGUCAUUCACACUGUCGGGCCCAUUGCUCAGGGGGACCCCAGUGCCUCACAGCAGACCGAACUCAGCAACUGCUACAAGAACAGCUUGAAAGUCGCCCUGGAGAACAAGCUGCAAACAGUGGCCUUUCCCUGCAUUUCCACUGGUGUGUUUGGCUACCCAAAUGAUGCUGCGGCCGAGGUUGUCCUUAACACGUUGCAUGUGUGGUUAGAAGGCAAUAAGGACAAGGUCGGGCGACUCAUCGUCUGCGUCUUCCUGGAGAAGGACGACGAAAUCUACAAGGAGAAGCUGCCCCGGUUCUUUCCCAUCGCCUGACCCCACGCUUUUCAUGCUCUGAAGGGGCAGAUUCCUGCGGGGAAAGCCCGUCCUCAGGGCUCUGAGGUUCUUCAUGCGAAUCCUCCCACUCCUCUACUGAAGGAGAUGCCCAGUCAUUUCAAAGGGGGAGAGCCAGAAGAAACACCCACCCUUCCCCAGGCACAAUCAGCCGCAUUCCGGAAUAAACAUGUAAACACAA